CGGGGCUCCAUGUCCCGGAGCGGUGGAGAGUGUCGGUCCCGGUCCUGAGUCGUGUCCUGUCGAUGGUGGCGAGGUGUCGGGAUGUCAGUCGAUUUUUCAAAGGAGGACUGCUUUCACUUUCCAACCAUGGACCAGCGGAACCUCUACACUCUGAGGGACUACCUGUGUAACUACAAACCUCCCAAGGGCUGUGACCAUGUAAACAUCCUGUUGCUCGGCAAGGUGGGGGCUGGGAAAUCAUCCCUCAUCAACACGUUCCUCUCGGCUCUCCAUGGAAGGACCAUAAGCUGCGUCCCGACGGGGGGCAAUCCCUGGCCUAUCACACUAGAGCUCAAGUCCUACAGAACAGGGAAGUUACAGUUUUGGGAUACAGCUGCAUGGAAUGCACUGGAGAAUCCAGAAAGGACAAAGAGAGUGUUGCUCAUGAUCCUGGAAGGAAGAGUUCCCCCUGAAACAAAUUUGCAAGGAUUCAAUCCUGACUCAGAUGACGCCAAGUAUCCAGUGAUUGCAGAAAAUGUAAUUCACGGAGUGGCUUUCAUUUUUGAUGUUAAUACCAUGGACUACAUCUGUGAAGAUAAAAUGAAACAAUUUCAUGAGUUACAGACAAUCGUUGUACAGAAAUAUAUUUACAGGGUUGUGAUUGGGACCAAGUUCGAACGACUGGGGAUUCGAGAGAAACACCAUGCAUGGAUUUAUGAAUACAAGCCACUGCAGGAGAAGAUUAAGAAGUUGUCAGACUCCACUGGGAUGGACAAGCGCUCCAUGUUUGUGGUUUCCAAUCAAUGGAAAGGUGAUCAGAUCGAGCAGAUAAAAUGCAUUCUUGCCCUGUAUGUUCUGGAAAAUAUGGUCAGAAACAUCAACAAGUAUCUGAAAGUGACGGUGUAAUGGCCACACCUGACCUUGUACAGAAGUGUGGAACUGAUCCAGUUUCAGGACCACACUCACUGCCUUGGCCUGCUUCAGUAGCUCCAACCUGUAAACCCACUGUCUGCUGAGCUGCAUCGUGAGGGGGUUGAAAGUUGAGGAUUGAUGAACUAUAGAGACAGAAAGUUUCAAUAAAUCACACAGAUCCCCUUUAGCUAAAAAGAAGACAGUUAAAAUGCCAGUAACCCUUGGAAAUUACAUCAUCAGGUCAAGUUUGUAACAGUGGACUCAUCAAAACCUUCAACGUAUUCAGCUGACUGAGUUUGCAAGAAACAAUGACAAUCGGCAGAUGUCACUCAAAGACAGUUGACUGAAUCCACAAGAAUAUCAGUAACCAAAGGCGAGGCACGCAUGGGGUCAGGCGUCACUGACUUGGGCCCCAGUGUUGUCCCACUGUUGCUCAACAUGCUGUGAGACUAUUUCAGCUGAAUACUAUUGAAGAUAGUUAUGUCAUAGAGUUAUACAGCACGGAAACAGGCCCUUCGGCCCAACUCUCCAUGCCUACCUGAGCCAGUCCCAUUUGCCUGCGUUUGCCCAUAUCCCUCAAAACAUUUCCUAUCCAUGUACCUGUCCAAGUGUCUUUUAAAUGUUGUAACUGUACCCGCCUCUGCCACUUCAUCCAGCAGCUGGUUCCACACACCCACCACCCUCUGUGUGGAAAAACUUGCCCCUCAGUUCCCCUUUAAAUCUUGCCCCUCUCACCUUAAACCUGUGCCCUCUAGUUUUAGACUCCCUACCCUGGGAAGAGCCUGUGACCACCCACCCCUCAGGAUUUUAUAAACCCCUAUAAGGGUGAA